AUGGCAGGUGUGACUCCUGGCACGAUUUCCGGCAGCCUGCAGGUGAUGCCCCUGCUGAUCCUGUGCAUGGGAGGAGAAAUGAUUUACAUUUUGGAGCAGCGACUAGAGGCACAGAAAAUCGCCCCCCAGAAGGGCGAGAAGGUGCUACACGACGUUAUCAAGAGCAUGUUUUUUCCACGUUUCCUUGAGGAGCUGUUCCGCCCCCAGGAGGUGUUUUCGCUGCACAGUUGCCGGCAGGUUUUUGACCGGCUUGCGCACUCCAGCAUCAUGCGACUGAACGAAAGCAGUAUGGACAAGCUCAUGGACCUCAUCACCAUGGGUUUCAAGUACCAAUUUCUCUGCUGCAGCAGUGGUGAGGAGCUGUGCGACGUCGCGUGGAACCAUCUCCACGCCUGCAAACGCAUCGCGGGCAAUGACAACAACGAGCUGCUCGCGCUGAUUGCGCAAGGGGAAGAAAUGUUUCAAGGGCUGUUCAACUCUAUGUCCAUGUACGCUUUCCGAGAGCUCCGAAUGCAAUUGGCAGCGUUUCUGCAAGAUCGCCGGGUAAAGGUCAGCCUCUUCCUUCAAGACGAAACACAAAACCAGGAUGGGGCCAUCGUCGUGCCGCUCGGUGGGAGCCUACCUUUCAACUCGCUGCCUCCCGGAACGGUGACGUAUCUUCAGCAGGACUUGCGCGAAGAGCUGUUAGAUGGAAUGGUUAGCGGACAUGGCGUCUAUUUCGUGAACCAGCAGCGGGUGGCGAGAGUAAAUCCGGGCUCUGCUAAUUGGAGCGAGUUGGGGACGAAUUUAUACGCAAAAAACGCAUCCAAGAGCGGGGAAAAAGGUAAGUCGCAGCACAGUUGUGACGAUAAUCGAUCAAAACUACAAGCCUGUGAUUCAUUCGUGGGCACUUCUAGUAAGUAGCAGUAUGGCUUGCGCAUCCUCGUGGAUGAUCAUGCGACUAGGAGCCCCGUUAUAGUUGCAGCGUCGGCAUUGAGUAUUGUUUUGUUGCCAUUGUUUUUUGGUGUACCAACUUUUGACUACAUCAUCUCGGUAGUCAUGCCUUCGCUUUUCUCCUUGAUUUUAUUAUUGUUUGUGUUUUUCUUCAGGUUACAACUCUGCGGGUGCAAGAUCCUCCGGAAGUGAGAGCCAGCAUCUUGGGCGGUCCUCCGGAAUGGUAUCGCCACGCACUGCCAAACGGAACGCAGUUGAUCAGCUAAACAACCUAGCGGCCGUGCUCGGGCCAUCAAAGCCAGCGGACGACUCAGAUACAUUUCACUUCAAUAAUCUCUUUCAAGGCGACCGCAUGUUCGAUACGGAGAAUGUCGGUAUCACCGAGGCGCAUUUAUUUUUUCACUUUUUCCACUUCCAUGUUGAUGUUCGUCAAAUGGCACAAAGGCCAACGUCAUCAUCUUGUCCAUCUAGCAACUAGUUCGAUUUUCGUCUGGAUGAAGUAGGAGUGGGAGUGGGAGCCAAGAAUCUUUUCCUUUGCAAGCAAGGUAAAGGAUCUCUUCUGGUCCUCUGAGGCACCAGGCAGGAGCUCCCCCAGCUGUUCGUGUGGAUUCCCUCGGCCUCAGCUGCAUCUUGCAGCCGCCCUUCGCUCCUUUGUUUUGUCUCCCUCCCAUGAUGGUCAUCUAGUUAGUGUACCACCUCGCUUCAUGAUGAAGGGAAACACGAAUCGCACGCAAAUUAUUUACAACUUCAGUUUUAAUGCGGCAAGGCGACUCGCCGAAGGAGCGUGCGAAACCCAUUGUGCUCAAGCAAGCAAAUGCCGAGCACAAAACAGCGCUGGAUAGUGUGCGUAGAGACCUCGACGAGCAAGGUGCUGCCGGGAGUGCUGGCCCGGUUCCUCGGAAUGCCGAAGAAGAAGAUCUACUUGAUUUGCUCGGCUAA